ACCCAGACUUUGCCCACAGUUUCUGCACAGCGAGCUCCCCGCGUGAUGCACAGACAAUCUCUAGGCAUCCGUGAAUGGAGUGAGCAACGCACUUUUCAGAGGUUGGGCUGAAAUGAAGGACAGAGUAUUAGGUGAGGAAGAAGCAAUGGAAGUGAAGAGCAGCUUGCGGAGGGCCCAGUCUCUCAGAAGUGUUUCCACCGAUCAUGUCCUGUCCUGGACUGAAGCUGGACUGGACAGGAGGAAGUCUGUCUCUCAGCUUGUGGCACAGUACCAAAACUCUCCCGGAAGAAAACCCCAAAAAGUGGUUCCAGGAGAUGUAAAGCAUGAGCUGAACAUGCAGAUCACACCAAUUCAUGUCAGUGAGAAUGAGAGCGAGACAAUGGUGAGGAAGACUGAGGUCAAAGAGAGGUCCAGGGUCUCUCCUCUCUCCCGCAGUAAGUCUAUGGAGAGUCUUCCUCGGCACAGACCCACAGGCACCACAGCACUCAGGGAGCUCUUUGAGUCAAAGAUCACCAGUCAGCCUGAGUCCAAGAAGAGCAAGACGGCACUUGAAUCAGCGAGUGCUGAGAAAGCCAAUAACACUACUCUUCCCAAUAACAAGGAUGCGGAGGAAAGAAAGUCACAAGUAGAGGAAGAGGUUUAUAACCCCUAUAGCCAUAAUGAACUUAAGAAAGUGACUGAAGAGGUUCAAGUGAUUACAAAGAAUGCAAGAACAAAGCAGAUAAUAAACCGAUCUGACAGAAGAAAGACAAUUUCCGGAAUUUAUAGUGAAAAAAUAACCUCUCCAGUGGAGGAUAAAAGAAGGUCAGUCGCAGACUUCAGAGACAACUCGGCUCUCAACGGAUUGGAGAAACCCUCUAUUUCCGUCAAAGCUUUGUCUGCACUAUAUCUGUCAAAAGUGGCAGCUGCAGAACCUGCGGGAAACCUCUUGAAACCAGACCAGUAUAUCACUUCUCCAACUGGAAAAAGGCCCAACACAAUCAAGUUUCAGCCAGCAGCUCAGGAGACAUGCUCAGCCUGUCUGAAACCAGUUUACCCAAUGGAAAGAAUGGCAGCGGAUAAACUCAUUUUUCACAAAACUUGUUUCUGCUGCAAACAUUGCAAAAAGAAACUGAGCCUUCAAGGCUACGCGCCUCUCUAUGGGGAAUUCUACUGUGUAUUCCACUAUCAGCAACUUUUCAAAAGGAAGGGUAACUAUGACGAGGGCUUCGGCCGUCAACAGCAUAAAGACCUUUGGCUACAGAGGAAUGACACAAACAUCAUUUAGAGCUACUGAACAAGUAUAUGGGCCAUAACCUUGACUAACAGAUGGUCUGAUGUAGGCAAAUAUGAUUUUCUGGUCUUUUUGUGAUAGUGCACAUUUAAAUCAAAUAUACGGAAUUAACAUACACAUAACAUGAUUUCAUAAAGCAGUUCAUAUAUACUGUAUAUAUAAAUCAAUAUCAUGCCAGAUUUUCUUAAAUUUUUAUGUUGUUAUGUUUGAGACCUUGAUGAAAAUUUGUUAGAUAACUGGUUGAUGUUGAUGAUCUUAAUUUG